AAACCCUCGACGUGAACAUGGAGCGAUGGCCCAUCGCUCCGGACGGCUACAUCCCCAACUCUGUGAUCCGCGGCUGGGGAAAGAAGAGGAAGCGCCUUCCCCAGACGGACGAAUCGGACAACCUCUUUUCCGGCGGUCAUCGUGAGCAGGCGAGGAAGAAAGAAAGUGAAUGCGAGGAGGAGGAUGAGGAUGAGGAGGAGGAGGAGGAGGAGGAGGAGGAGGAGAAAGCGAAGGUGGGGAUGAGCGAGAGAAGUGUCCUCCUGAAGGAGUCCUACAUCGUCCGGACGAAGAUCCGCCAGCAGAAGACAUCUGACGGCGGACGGAUGGAGGCGGAGCCUCGGAGGCAAACGCUCGGCGACGGUUCAACAAAGGCCGAGCGCUUCGUCCCGAUCUUAAGUCAUUCAAAAGAAAGUAAACAACAGGGAGAGCAGAGAGAAGAACCUCCACUCCAACGUCUCAAUGACCAGAGAAGGAACACCUUCAUAACCAACGUGGAAACUCCUGUGGUGUCUGCAGAUGACUUCAUCCUCAACCCCAACCAGACCUUGGAUCUCAUCCCCUGA